AUGGACGUGGCAGGCGUCAUGUCUUCAUUCAACAUGGCUUUCAGGCCGGAUACAUCAGUCAUGCUUUCAUACAUGCAGUCACAAGAGCAAGAGGGAACUACAAUGCACGCACCGUCGAUAGCACCAAGCGAACUGUUGAACACUCAGAUGAAUGCAGAUCUGAGUGUUGGUCUAGGAAUGGAUCCAUCUUAUGCCAACGUAUAUGCCAUGAACCCUGGCUACAACAAUGCCACCUUUGGUAACCUUGUCGCGUGGCCUGCUCCAAUCAACACCAACUUCAACGCAAUGCCGAGACCAGCUAUGAUGCAGACCGACAGUUACAGUAGCCUCGACAGCAAUGAGACAUACAUCAAGAUCGAAGACGAUUCGCCAGCCCACCCAUCGCAAGUUUUCUACAAUGCCAAUGCGUAUGCAUCCAGCCCAGCGUCGCGCACAGGAACAGAUGAGCCUGAAGAGACGAAGCCCACUGUAUUUGCAACCGACAUUGAUACGUUGAUGCGUGCUAUCCAGACAAAAACGGGCUCUGCUACAGAACAACGACAGAAGGAUCAGCCACAAGUUACCAUUACCGAAAUCAGUCCACCGAAGCCGAAGAAGCGAUACGAAUGCGAUGUGUCUGACUGUGGAAAGGCAUUCUAUCAGAAGACGCAUCUCGAGAUUCACACACGAGCACACACAGGCAUCAAGCCAUUUCUGUGCAGAGAACCGUCAUGCGGACAACGAUUCAGUCAGCUGGGCAACCUCAAAACACACGAACGAAGACAUACCGGAGAGCGACCAUACCACUGCGACAUCUGCGGCAAGACGUUCGCACAGCACGGCAAUGUUCGAGCGCACAAGAUCGUGCACACAGCCGCCAAGCCCUUCACGUGUAAGCUGGACAGCUGCAACAAACAGUUCACGCAACUCGGAAACCUCAAAUCGCACCAGAACAAGUUUCACGUGGAGACGAUACGUCGUUUAAAAUCACGAUUUGAGAGCUUCAAGGAGGGCGAUGUUGUCGACACUUGGGAGAAGGAAAUGUGGGAGUAUUUCGCUAGCCUCUACAAUAACUGCAACCAGGGCAUCAAAGGCCGCGGUAAAGAUCGCAGGAUCAGCAAUACUGCGGCUCAAAGGAGGGACAGCAUCGUUAGUAUUGCUGGAUCGUCAAGCGGCAGCCUGAGCGCGGGGCACAGCAUGCCUCAACGAUUAUUCUGA